AUGAACGAAAGUGAGGACCCAUUUGAGGCCCAUAUAAAUAAUCUCAUACGAUGUGGGGACACAGUGACGAAGGUAGACAAACUCAAUUAUUUACUGUUAUCAUUGCCACAGUCAUAUUCUUAUAUAGUGGACAUCAUCGACGCUCUUCCAGAGCAUGAAAAGUCAGUGGAAUAUGUAAAAUCCAAAUUGCUUUUAGAACAGAAGAAAAGGGAAACAGACAGAGGGAAUGGACAAACAUUCAAUACCCGAACCGAGAAGAGAAAGUGUUACAAGUGUGGAAAGACAGGACAUCUACAAUACAACUGCAGAAGUGUAGGAGGUGAUACUGGUUGGAGAACAAAUCAUUCAAGGCAUCCUCUUGCAUUGAGAGGACAAGAACAAGGACAGUACAACGGAAGAGGCCAGUAUAGAGGUAGAGGUCAACAGCGAGGUCAAGGUCACAGAGGUUCAUGGAGAGGAAUGGCAGGCACAUCACUAGUACAGCAGGAACGUAUAAACACCUUCAACGUGGAAGUAAUGCAGGCAGCAGCGGCAUAUGGUGGGUCAGGUGAAGAUAGACAUGAACUUGUUUGGUUAUUGGACAGUGGUUGUUCUGAUCAUAUUGUGAAUACAGAUGAUUAUUUUUGUGAGUCUAAAAAAUUAUCAAAUCCAGUGGAUAUUAAAGUUGGUGAUGGUUUUGCAUUAAAAUCUAAUAAGAUAGGAUCCAUUGUUAUAGAUUUCAGUAUAAAUGAUGGCUCAUUCAAAUGUCCAGAAAAUGAUGACAAAGAGUUAGCCACGUUUAAAAGGCUAGAUGCGAAGGCCCAAGGAGUUAUCGUGGGCAGGCUGGGUAACACAGCUAUGCUGCAUGUGCAAAACUGUGAAACUGCUAAAGAAAUAUGGGACAAAUUAAAUGUAAUUUAUGAGCAAAAAUCUGAUGUGUCACUGCACAUACUGCAGCAGCGUUUUUUCGAAGAAAGAUAUAACAGUUCGGAGGAUGUGUCAAUAUUCAUUGCAAAGGUCGAGGCAAUUGCAACACAAAUUAAACAAGCAAAAGGAGAAAUUGCAGAAAACAUGAUUGUCACAAAAAUAAUAAGUUCUUUAGAUAGUGGUGCUUCAGAGCAUAUGUGCUUUACAGUGUACAGAUUCAUAAAUUAUAAAAAGUUGCUAGUGCCAAAAGACGUUGUUAUUGGGGGUGGGACAAUAAUACAAGCUUUAGGUUAUGGUGACAUUGACCUUGAGGCAUAUGAUGGUGAAAAAUGGAUUAAAACAUUGAUAAGCAGUGUGUUGUAUGUGCCGAGCCUUAAGACAAACUUAUUUUCUAUGAGUGCUACACUGGAUAAAGGUUAG